AGAUUUAUUCUAUAUCGUCAGCUAAGUCGUCAGCAGUUUAGUUUGAUCCAACAACAACAACAAUGGCGGAGCCAUUUCAAAAGAGGCAGAAAACUGAGGAAGACGCAGAUUUUAAGCAGAUCAAUGACUUCUUGCAAAAAGACAAAAACCGAAGUUACUUAAAAAUGAUUUUGGAUCAAAUUAAUUUUGGUGUAGGUAAUACAAGUGUGUAUUUUGUUCAAGUGAGGGGUGCAAAUGCCAGUGUGAACAGCAAAUUUAGCACCGCAACGAUUGAUGCUGAUUUCAUCAAGAAAGGGCAAGAUCAGAUGUUAUUUGUGCCACUUGCUCUAUUUUUUGGACGGGGAUUCGGUAUUCUUUCAAGUUUGGUAAACAAAGAUGAGGUACCAGAGGAUAUGGAUGAACGUCGGGCUCUUCUAGGAUUGAUCAAGUUUCUAGAAAGAACUGCAGAGCAGUCAGUUCUUCUUGACAGAGACAAGAAUCUGCAGCAGCAUUAG